GCCGGCUUGAGACCUAUUCUAGAAUGUGCCUGUCCGACUAAGUGUGCUUCUCUGAAGGUCUCACAAGGCGUGAAGGUCAAUUCUCUACAGUCUGAGUCACCAUUAUGUGGUGUUGGUCCAGCAGCGCCAGCCCAUAUAACCGGUCGCAGCGUGCUGCAACUGCGACGACUGCGUUCAGCAUUCAACCUCGACGUUGACAACUACGAUGGCCCGCCCCCUCCGCAUCGACGUGCACCACCACGUCCUCCCCGCGGGUUCGCGCAAAUCCAAAGACCUCGACGCGUCCGUAGGCUUCCGCUUCCCCGCGCAGAACGUCCCCUGGACGCCCGAAGUGAGCCUCUGCGCGAUGGACGCGCUCGGCAUCGACCUCGCCGUCCUCUCCGUGCCCACCGGCAUGCCUGAGGGCCCCGCGGGUCCGGAGAACCGCCGCGCCGCUCGAGAGCUGAACUUGAUGCUCGCGAAGAUAUGUACGGACCACCCGGGCAGGUUUGGCUGGUUCGCGGCGACGCCGGUGUUGGGCGACACGGAGGGUGUGCUCGCGGAGGUCGCGUUUGCGCUGGACGAGCUCGGUGCGGAUGGCGUCGGGCUGGCGUCUUCGUACGGGCAAGGGAAAGACGCGGUAUAUGUAGGCGACGAUGCGUUCGACCCCGUCUGGCAAGAGCUGGACAGGCGGGGCGUAGCAGUUCACCUGCACGGAACGCAGACACCCUCUUCUACUCCCUGGCCCCACGCACUCCUUGGUAUCCCGAUUACAGAGGUUCCCAACGAAACCCACAAAGGCGCAGCACACCUCGUCGUGACCGGCAAGAAGCGACGAUUCCCCAACGUCAAGAUCAUCCUCUCGCACCUCGGGGGCAGCACGCUCAUCCUCGCGCCGCGGGUGGCCGUGCUCUCGCGCCACAUGGGGUCUGCGCUGACCCCGGAGGAGAUCAUGGAUGACUUCAAGACGUUCUACGUCGACACCGCGUUGGCCGCGCACGAGUCGACUCUCGGGCUUGCGAAGAACUUCCUCGCUCCAGAUCAUGUCCUGUUUGGGACCGACUUCCCAGCCGUAAGCAAGGAUAUGGCCACGUGGUACCAGAAGAACUUAGACGGCUUUUACAAGGACGACCCCGUCCAAUUCAAAGCCGUCUUGAGCGAGAACGCUCUCAAGCUCAUGCCGACGCUGCAGAAGCGGCUAUCAGGAGCAUAGUCCUAGGUUCAUUCCACCCCAUACUUCGGUCAGGCCUAGGGCAUCUAUGCAUCGGCUACUGAUUACAACUACGCUCUGUGCUGGUACCGUCCAGUCAAACAACAGCAUUCGAA